AUGUCUCGCCUCCUUCCUCCUUCUCUCUCCGUCAACCUUCCUAUCGUGGAGAAAGAACCCCUUUCUUCCGAGUUAACCCCGACCCGACUCGGUUUCCCGAACGAGUUCCCUUACGAGUUUGAUUCUCCAGCUUUCUCCCCUGGUUUCACCUCUCCUGGUGACUCUACCGAGACCGAAGAUGAGAGCAGCGACGACGAGGAAGACUUCCUCGCUGGGUUGACUCGGCGACUCGCUCCUUCGACUCAGCGUCUUCCUCCUCCUUCCUUCAACACCAAGCCUGAGGAGAAACGUCAGGGCGCGGCAGCUUCGCCACAGUCAACACUGAGUGGACUCGGAAGCUUUUCGAACUCGGGGAGUCGAAGCCCAAUCUUCCCACCGUCGCAGACGCAUUCGUCCCGGAGAGACAAUGCCUGGGACGUGAUCUCUGCUGCGGCAGGGGAAGUUGCUAGGCUCAAGCUUGGAAGCUACGAGCCUCAUCUUCCCCGCGUAAACCCUAAUCCCAUUCCCCGCCGUCAAAACGCUGCCUUUCAAACGGAGCACUAUCUCCAACAGCAGCGUCUCCUUGACCAGAUGUGGCUCUGCUCUCAGUCAAGAAUCAAGUCUUCGGAGACUCAUGUUCCGAAGAGAGUAGCAAUGAACGACGAAGUCGCAUUUGAGAAUCUGAGGUACAUGAGGCACAACGCUUUAUCCAACGCCACGUGGCUGCCGCAGCACGCUGUAACUCCCCUGAAACGUCCUUCUGCCGGCACCGGAGUUUUCCUUCCCCGGCGAUACCCAACAGCGACCCCUGCCGAUUCCGUAAAAAAGCCUGUUACUGUCAACACAACAGCUAUGUUGCAAUCAAAAGUCAAUCCUCCGCCAAAUCUCAACUUUGAUGAGUUCUCCAGUGUCGGUUCAAGGCGCAGCCAAUUUGAUUACGAGUGCAUGUUGGCGAGAAGUAGACUACUUGCUCGUCUGAAUCAAGAAAGACGUCUUCCUCAGGACUGGAUGUACUGA